AUGGCCGCGCACUGGCCGAUCCCCGGCACCGGCAUUGCCUGUGGUCGUGGCAGUCCUUGCGUUUGGGGCAUCCGAACGGUGCGGACCAGUCAUGGAGGCCGUUGCAUCCUUCCAGCCCUUCCAGCCUCCGCCUGCGGAGUUCUCGCGGCGUCCCUGAGAUCCCGUCGAGCUACGCCCAGGCGCAGGUGCAGGGCGCUGCCAGAAGCGCUUCUGGCAUGUGUGGGUGGUGGUAUUGGUGCCACUUGCAGGUUUGGGAUUUCCAGACUUGGAGCAGCUAGAGGUUGGUCUGUCUGGGGCACCAUGAUGACCAACUUCUUGGGAUGCGGCCUGCUGGCGAUCAGCAACAUCAUCAAGCUCACCCAGCAGCAGCGGAUUCUCUUGGGCACCGGCUUUUGUGGAGGCUUCACCACAUUUUCCACCUUUGCCGUGGAAGCAGUGCAGCUGAUGAGGACCGAGCUUGGGAGAUGGAAACCUCCAAACUCCACUGCCACUGCUUCAAAACUUCAUCGUGUCACGGGCUUUUGUUGGCCAUAG